ACCUUUGAUGUUCUUUGAUAGUCAUUUUAAAUGGAAUGGUAUGCUACAAAUUAAUGAAAGAAAACUUUCAGGCACUUAUAAAAACAAUUAUAAUUAGAUCUUAUUGAUGCUUUAAGGUUGAUGUUUAAAGAUUUAUGGUUAUUUGUACUUGACAACUUUAUUUUCAUUAUUCUAAGAAAUACCCAAACAAUCAGUAUUAUGGAAUACAAAUUAAAUUUCAUUUCAUAUUCUUAUAAUUAUAAAGUUAGAGGGAACUUGAAAUGUUUGCUGAAAGGAUCUAGCAUGUUUUAGGCCAAAUCUGUACACUUAAUUGGGACAUUUUCAAAAUGGAUGAAAAUCUGAAGAAAAAUAGCAUAACUAUUAUAUGUAUUUCAUUUGAGGUAUUUUUGUGGCCCAUUAGUAUGUUUAUAUCUGAUGGGAUAUCAGAGGCAUAAGGAAUCUACAUAAUGAUGCAGUGUGUCAUAGAUCUGUAUUUCCCAUAAAAAACAUAUAUUUCACAAAUUGUAGAUACAUUUUACCUCAGUUUUCAAUAUAUUUUACAUAGUUGUAUAUAUUUGACCUUGGUUUCAUAAUUUACCUUGUUUUAUAUAAUAAAGAUCUAUUUGACAUUUAGGCUUCAUUAUUUUUGAAAUCACCCUAAUUGUAAUAUGUUUAGUGAUGCAGACUAUUUACUAUUACUAUUUACCAUCCCAAUUUAAAAAUUAAUUUAAUCUGUAGCCAAAAUAAGUGACAUCAUUUUAAUGUUUUCGCUAAUAUUAUGUAACAACACUCACCUACCAUUAUACAAUAUAUCAGGCACUUAUGGUGCCAUAUGCAAGCGUUGAUUAGAUUAGCAAUUGUAUUACACAAGAUAACAGCUAUUUUAUUAGGGGUACUUAUGGUGGAAUAUACAGGCCCUUUAAUCAGCAUUCGUGACAUUAGGUUACAUCUUUAAAGGGGGAUAAGAUGAGAUUAGCACAAUAUCAUGCACAAAACAUUUUUAAUAGUUUAUCACUGUAUUAAUUCAGUGAUUCAUUUUGAAAUCUACAUCAAUGAGUCCCUGGGACUGGCAUAUUUUGAAACAAUGGGUCCCAGAUUGUUUCUUUGUAAAUUUGUUACAAAUAAUCUACUUAACAUGAUACGCCUUAGCCACUGGGCUCUUUAAUGCAAUUUUACAGCUGAAAACAGAAAUAGGUUUAUAGCAAGUAAAAUCUUUAUUUGUUUUACUUUAAAUAACAAACAGUGAAACAUCUUAAUUAAACAGAGAACUUACAACAUCUUUAACAAUUUGGACUGACUAGUGCUUUAAUAAAGGCAGUGGCUAGUCGUACGGCCCCGUACAGCUAAACAAGAGGCUAGCCAUACGGCCCCGUACGGCUAGACAAUAGGCUAGCCGUACGGCUCUGUAGGUAUAGCCUUUCCUAUGGAGAUUGUCUAUCCGUAUGGCUUAUAAAGUAUAGAAUUGUCAUUCAGUGCUGUUAAUCAGUAAUACUUUUGUUUAAGCUCAUACAAGAUUAAAGCGAGAUUAUACGAUUUUUUAUAUGUGUUAAAUUGUAAUAAAUUGAUAAAAUAUGUUACAAUAACACAAAAUAGGCAAGACAAAGUAUACAUUGAAGCAGGGUUGGCAUAUUGACGGGUCAAUUGAGUAUUGACCGGGCCGGCGGUCAAUACCUGGUUAAAACCGAUCAAUACUGGUCAUUUUUGGUCAAUAUUGGUCAUUAUUGGUCAAUACUGGUCGAUUGAAAAUUGUUGAAUUUAAACAUCACAAAGGAAGACUUUAAGCUAUUCUAUGUUAAAUCAAUCAUUCUUCUGUAUUUGAUUAACUUCUUUGAGUUUUUUAUAUCUUAUAAAGUAUUAUUACUAUUGUAGUUACCCUUAGUAUUUCACGGCUCUAGGAGAAGAACCCCCCCCCCCCCCAAGAUUUUUCACUGGGCGGAGAACUGCCCCCUCACUGUUUUUUUAUAGGGCAGAGAACUGACCCCCUGCUGAUUAAUAAGGGGCGGAUAACUGCCCCCCUGUCAGAAUUGAUGACCCGGAGAAGUGCCCCCUAAUUAAAGAAAUUUCGCAGCGAUAUAUAAAGCGAGUAUUAUAAUGACAAUAACGCCAGUAACUUUCUUGCUAUUAUGUCUGGAAAUUGAGUGAAAUUUCAAAAGUAAUAUAAAAUUGUACAAGUAAUAAAAGUUAUAAAACGGCAAAAAAAUACCUGCCUCGGCAUGGAUGUUGCCAUCUUGAUAAUCACGUGAUUUUCGUCUAUGUGAACAAAGAAAAACAAAUCACUUUUUGCUAAUAAAAAGUUUUCGCGGCUGAAUUAUUUGAUAUUUUCCCCGUAAUUAAAACAAACAAUUAGCAUGCAAUUUAAUCCAUCCUUAUGCAAGCUGAAAACAAUAAUUUAUUUGUUUGUUUUCACCAAUUACGGAUUUCGACGAUUCAAUAUAAUAAACCCGUAUGUGGCUUUAUUCAAAGCUAACAAGUUCUUAACAAUUAAGGUCGGUCCGGUCUACCAAUUAAAAGAUUAAAAGAUCGCGGUGUUUAUCAUUAACGGUAACAAGUUCUCUGCCUGCCUAAUUAGCUGCUAAUUAAAGCCACUGUUACCGAUUUUCUUUGUUUGGCAUGUCGACAUGAUCUGCUCAAAAUGCAAACUGUUGCCGUAAUAUGUAUAAAAUGCAAUAGACUGUCGAUUAUCACUAUAACUAUUGCAUAAUUUAUGGAGUUCAUAAGAAGUCAGAGAGGCACUGCAAAGCUUUGUUAUGAAGGGUUCACGUACACGAAGAAAAAGGAGACGAAGUCCACGAUGCGAUGGGAAUGUUCCCAGCGUCGAAGCGAGAAUUGCAAGGGAACCGCCACUACGGACAAUCCACCAACACGGGUGAUUACAUCAACAGAUCACGGCCACGUCAACGACAAAUUCUACGUGGAGGCGUUGAAGGUGCGAGAAGAAAUCACAGCCGCGGUGAUCUCGAAUUGGGGCCAGCCUCAUAGGAUCCUGGCUGACAAGCUGGUACAUCAUCCAGUGGAGGUCCGAGUAGCAGCGGGUAUUACAGAGAACAUCAAAAGAAAUAUGCGUGCUAAGAAGGCAGGGCAGACACCGAAGAACCCUGAGCAACUCGAGGACAUACCAAUUCCAUUCCCGGAGGCCUACUGGACCAAACUGAUCUACGAUAACGAGUCCACGCCUAGUAGGAUGCUGGUGUUUGCCUCUUAGGCUGGGUUGGGACUUUUUGAGUCGGCGACAACGUGGUUCAUGGACGGAACAUUCUCUACCGCUCCACAUGUGUUCGACCAAGUUUUCAGCUUGCGUGUGCCCUUGGAGAGACGUCGGGGACAGUAACAUAUGCCUUGCUGCCAUCCAAGGAGCAAGCUAUGUACGAGGAGUGCUUGACAGCUGUACUGGAUGCUUGUCUGACUAGAGACAUCCGUCCAACUCCGUCCAAGGUCGUGUGCGACUUCUAGGUGGCCAUCCACAAUGCAGUUCGUCAGGUUAUGGCACACGAUAUACAGAUACAGGGCUGCUUCUACCAUCUUACGCAGAGUACCUGGUGUCGUAUACAGGGGGACGGCCUGCAGGUCCUAUACAGGGAGGACGACUAGAUAAGACAGUUCUGCAGAAGACUCGACGGUCUGGCGUUGCUACCGACGGAGAAGGUGCUAGAAAGCAUGGCCAUCUUAAAGGACACGGCACCUGCAGCGCUGACUGGGAUCGUCGACUACUUCGACACUACCUAUGUGAGCGGCGAAUUUCGGUCCGUGAGAACAGCUGACGGCAUGAUGCGCUUCAGAAGAACACCACCCCAUUUCCAGCUAGAUAUCUGGAACGCACACGCUGCAACAGUCAGUGGAGAAGCAAGGACCAACAACCUGUGCGAGGCUUGGAACAAUGCGUUCCAAGUUUUGGUUGGGCACCAGCAUCCUUCUCUGUGGACUGUAGUUGGCUGCUUCAUGAAAGACGCCGCUAUGGUGGAGACUGAGGUGUAUCGAGUGCGCAACGGUGAGCCUUCAAUUAAGCCAAAGAAUAAGUCAACAGAGCGAUACCAGCGGCGUCUGAAGACUUUGUGCGAGCAGGUGGCGAGUGGUGAGAAGAGUGUGAGUCAGUUUUUGAACGUUGUCGGCGGAAUUGUGCGAUUGAAGUAGUGUUUGAGUGUCUUGUUUAUGUAAGAAUGCAUAUAUGUUUGAAUGUAUGUAUGAUUGUAACUGUGAAUGUAUAUAUGUAUGAAUGUAUGUAUGUAUGAAUGUAUGUAUGUAUGUAUGAAUGUAUGUUUUGAACCGGAACGUUUAUGUAAGCAUGUAUAUAUUUUUUAAUGUAUGUCUGAAUGUAUGUAUGUAUGAUUGUAACUGUGAAUGUAUGUAUGCAUGUAAUGUGUGUAUUUAUGUAUGUUAUUUUGUAUGUCACAUGAAUUAACUAA